GUUUACAAAGCUGUAAGCUGAUUGGCUUUGUGACGUAGUAGUGUUCAAUUUGAAAAAGCUCUUCCUAACUGCCAAUGUAGUCUUCAGCGAGAGGCACAGUUUCAACAUAGACCGGGUUGUUAGAGUUCAUCAUGGCACCGAGAAAACGCACCCAGACUGCUAAAAGCAAGAAGAAUCCCAAAACACCGAAACUGGAAGCUUUUCUGCUUGAUUUCGACGACGAAGUUCAUACUAUUGUUGAAAGACUAAAGGAGAAGACGAACAAUCUUCUGAAAGAUGCAGACAACCUUUACAAGACCGCUCUGAUAAAGCUUCCCAUGGCAGUGAGGAAAAUGAACUGGGUCGAUUACUGCAAUAUAGAGAAGCCAAAGUCACCAGUGGAUGAUUCAAAGGUAAGGGAGGAAGCUGCUCAAGUGGAGCUUGCUAUUGCUGAGAAUCAUGUGGUUCCCAAGUCGGCUGCUAAAGAAGCCAAGAAUUGUGCAAACUCGGAAGAUGAAAACGUGGCACCGCUUAAGUCUACGGUCAAAAAGAAGAAAGCCUCAAAGAAGGCACCUUCUACAUCCAAAAAGGCCAGAGCUCUCUCCAUCAGCAAACAGAGCAACACCAUCCAAAGGUCUACAAGAAAGCCUCUAAUCACCCCUGCUAGAAGUUUACUUGAGUCUUCAAUAAUUGGCGCCACUCCACUUAUCACGCCACGCUUUGACCCAAGAUUGCCAAAGACUCCAGGACUGAGACUUGCACGUCACAGGGAGAAGGUGUACAGCAUGUCUGUUAACGGCUCACCAAUUGCUGGCACUGGAGAGGACAUUGUCAUUAGUGUCCCCAUCGGAAACGGAGAGUGCAUUCAGCUGCUGGCCAGUGAGAUGGACUCUGUGGAUCUGAGUCAGUUGGAUGAGAAGGCCCUACGCAGUAUCAGAAACCUUCAGAAUCGCCUCACAACUCUGUGUGGAACAAAGUGAACACAUGAUCCGGUUUUGUACAGCUUUGGAAUAUCACUUCCAAGUAUUAGCUUAUUUUUUUAUAUAUAUACAUUAUUUCCCUAAUUAUUUCUGUAUGAUAAUCGUGUGGAUUUUAGUUGUUACUUUCAUGCUUUCAGUAUGCUCUAUAUUUUCAUUCUCAUUAACUUUUAAAGGUAAUGUAAAUAAGAUUAGUUGUGACCAUAAUCUGUCUUGUUCUGCCUUUUUGUAAAUACGACUCUUAAAUACCAUGAUUCCUCA